UUUCUAUUUCUUGGUUUGUGCCUUUGUGAAACUAAAUAGUAAAAUAAAGUUAUAUUGAAAAUAUUGUAUUAAUAAAGAAUUUUAGAAAAAAUGUCUUUAUCCACUUUACUUCCUGCCCCCACUAAUUCGAUAUGGGACAGAGAAGAUGAAAGACGAGUCGCUGGCGCACCUAAAAUGGGUGCUUUAGUAUCUGCGAAAAUAGCAGCACCUCCAUACGGUCAGAGAAAGGGCUGGGUUCCGAGAACUGAAGCGGAUUUUGGAGACGGUGGAGCUUUUCCUGAAAUUCAUGUAGCCCAGUACCCGUUAGGUCUUGGAGCUCCAGGCAAUAUUGGAAAAAAGUCAAACGCAUUAGCCAUUCGCUUAGAUGAAACUGGUAAAAUUAAAUAUGACGCCAUAGCAAGGCAAGGUCACGGAAAAGAUAAAAUUGUUUACUCUAGUAUAAAUCAGCUACUGCCUGCAGAAGUUCUAGCUGAAGAUGCGGAAGAACUUCAAAGACCAGAUGAAGAAACAAUAGCAGAUGUAACCGAACAAACACGUAAAGCGUUGGAAAAAUUGACGAAUCAAAAGAUCGCUGCAGCAAUGCCUGUUAGGCAUGCAGAAAAAUCUGCUCCAGCGCAAUAUAUUCGAUAUACUCCAUCACAACAAGGAGACGCAUUUAAUUCUGGUGCGAAACAGCGAGUUAUUCGUAUGGUAGAAGCGCAAGUAGAUCCUAUGGAACCACCGAAGUUCAAAAUCAAUAAAAAAAUACCUCGUGGACCACCGUCUCCUCCUGCUCCAGUGUUACAUUCUCCUUCUAGGAAGGUGACAGUUAAAGAGCAAAAAGAAUGGAAAAUUCCACCUUGUAUAUCGAACUGGAAAAAUGCAAAAGGAUACACUAUUCCAUUAGACAAACGUUUAGCUGCAGACGGUAGAGGUCUUCAACAAGUUCACAUAAACGAGAAAUUUGCCAAAAUGGCGGAAGCAUUGUAUAUAGCUGAUAGAAAAGCGCGAGAAGCCGUAGAAGCUCGAGCUCAAUUAGAAAAGAAAUUGGCACAAAAAGAAAAGGAAAAGAAAGAAGAUAUGUUACGGCAAAUGGCCCAACGAGCAAGGGAGGAGCGUGCUGGCCUUCGUUUACCUGAUGAAGUUAAUAAUAAUCCUGAAGUAAGAGAACGUGAUGAAUUACGUGCUGAACGACAUAGGGAGAGAGUACGCGAUCGAAACAUCGCAAGAGCUGCUCCAGAUAAAAGGUCAAAAUUACAGAGAGAAAGAGAACGUGAUAUUUCCGAACAGAUUGCUCUAGGAAUGCCUGCAAAAACGAAUACUGCUGGUGAAGCACUGUUUGAUCAAAGACUAUUUAAUACUACUAAAGGAAUGGAUUCAGGAUAUGGAGAUGACGAAGCCUACAAUGUAUAUGAUAAACCAUGGCGCGGAGAUAAUUCGUUAGCAAAUCAUUUGUACAGACCUAGCAAACAAGUUGACAAUGAUGUUUAUGGAGCAGAUUUAGAUAAAAUAGUAAAUACACAGCGUUUUGUACCAGACAAAGAAUUCAGUGGAACAGAUAGAAGUGGGCAAAAUCCAAGAACGGGCCCUGUUCAAUUUGAAAAAGAAGAAGAUCCUUUCGGUUUAGAUCAGUUCUUGACUAUGGCUAAGAAAGCUCCAAAAAGACGAGAAGAUGAUCGCAAUGACAAGGAUCGGAGUAGUGAUCGUAAAAAGCGAAGAGAUUAAAUUAAUAACAUUGUAUAAUAAACUUUUUUACGACAUUCUAUGAUCUAUAUUUAGUUCAAAUAAGGAGUAAAAAUUGCACGAAGACUAUACGAAACAUGAAUCAAAUAUCAAAUAAAAAUGAAAUAUCUUCCAUUAACGAAAAAGUAAUGUAAUCAAUUUACUUUGUUAUUUGAAAUAAAAUACUACUUUCAAUACAAUAAUUGUAUCUAAAUCAGGGCAAAUUGAAUAUAUAAAUUAAGAUGAAUAACAAAUUGAUAGUCAAAUUUUUAUAAAUUCUUAGAAGCAUCUUCAGAGCUUCAAACUAAGAAUAUAAAGUAAAUAA